AGUUCACGAUCGGUGCAGUUGAUAAAUGGAGGAUUUGUGUUUGUCAAGGUAGUUUUGUUUACGCGAUAAUUUUCACUCGGAAUCAACUCCUCGCGUGUUUCGUGUGUGCUAAGAGGUAGAUGAAGGUGCGUAACAGUAUCCUUCGGUUUUCGCAUUAAAAUUGACAGGAUUUAAGAUGUCCCGUAAUCACAAGGACAAGUAUGAAAAUUCUAAUCCACAUCGUACGCACACUAUCAUGUCCACGGAGGAUGCAAACUCCGGGAAGAAAUCUUAUUGGCCGGAGUUGGAGAUAACAGGCAGUAUAAGAAAUUUGAGUCCAAAUUUAUGGCAGCUAACUCAUCUGACAGCAUUGUAUUUAAAUGGCAAUAGUUUACAAAGAAUACCAUCAGAGAUAUGCCGUUUAACGAAUUUACGUGCUUUAGAUCUGAGUAGCAAUAAAUUACGCAGUUUACCUGCGGAACUGGGGGACCUCAUCUAUCUCAGGGAGUUGUUAUUAAACCAAAACUAUCUUCGCGUGUUACCGUACGAGUUAGGAAAAUUAUUCCAGUUACAAGUGCUAGGACUUCAAGGUAAUCCUCUCAGCAAGGAGGUAAUGGCAUUGUACGGAGAACCAUCUGGAACUCACAAGCUGCUGUCGUAUAUGCUGGACAAUUUACAAGUAACCGCUAAUCAUCCGCCACAAAGACCAUGGAUUCCAUUGACAAGGCCCAAUAGGACAAGACCGACCUGUAUAUUUACGGUAAUGUGUUACAACGUGCUGUGCGACAAGUACGCGACACGGCAAAUGUACGGUUAUUGUCCAAGCUGGGCCCUCGAUUGGGAAUAUCGGAAAAAGGGAAUCCUCGAUGAAAUACGGCAUUAUGCCGCAGACAUCAUCAGCUUGCAGGAGGUCGAGACGGACCAAUUCUAUAAUUUCUUCCUGCCUGAGCUAAAGCACGACGGUUACGACGGCAUCUUCUCACCGAAAUCGCGAGCAAAGACAAUGGCCGAGAACGACAGGAAGUACGUCGACGGUUGUGCUAUUUUUUACAGAACAGCCAAAUUCACUUUGAUAAAGGAGCAUUUAGUCGAAUUCAAUCAAUUGGCCAUGGCAAACGCCGAAGGUUCGGACAAUAUGCUGAACAGAGUUAUGCCCAAAGAUAACAUUGGAUUGGCUGCUCUUCUUAGAACUAAAGAAGCCGCUUGGGACAACGGUCUGCCAUCAGAUCCAGCACAAGUACAACAGCCCAUUUUAGUUUGCACAGCCCACAUUCAUUGGGAUCCUGAAUUUUGUGAUGUUAAAUUGAUACAGACGAUGAUGCUUAGUAAUGAAUUACGUUCCAUUUUGGACCAAGCUGGUCAGUCUUUCCGACCUGGUCAUAAGCCUGACUCUUCCAACGUGCAGCUUCUACUUUGUGGUGACUUUAAUUCUCUACCUGAUUCAGGUGUUAUUGAAUUUCUUACGUCGGGACGUGUUGCGGCCGAUCAUCGCGAUUUUAAGGACUUAGCUUAUAAAUCAUGCUUACAAAAGAUAUCUGGUUGCGAUAAACCUAAUGAAUUUACACAUUCUUUCAAACUUGCAUCCGCCUACAGUGAAGAUAUUAUGCCUUAUACUAAUUACACGUUUGAUUUUAAAGGCAUAAUAGAUUACAUUUUCUAUUCGAAACAAAGUAUGGUACCGUUGGGACUUUUAGGACCAUUAAGCGCUGAUUGGUUUAGAGAACAUAAAGUGGUAGGUUGUCCGCAUCCGCACGUACCAUCUGACCACUUUCCAUUGUUAGUAGAACUAGAAAUGACACCAACAGUAGGAACAAGCAACGGUUUGAUCUCACGCAGGCUCUAGCAAUAUCACUCGCAGUCGACUACUAUUCUAAUAGCGAAUAUUACGAAUACUCCACAUUGCCGCACAUUCAACAUGCUGACAGACAUAUUGAUGAAUAAUUCUAAUGACCAGGUGAAGGGAGUCGUGUUGUAAUGCGUUUAGCCCAUGUAUAGUGUAUUGCAUUUUUAAGAACUAACUUCCCAUAUUAAGAGUACCAUAAACUCUCUAUUACCAUCAUAAUAUGUAGAUACACCUAUUUUCCUACAAAAAUGAUAUUCCGAUCAAGCCUCUGUGAUAUCUCGUCAUAAACAAUUGGAACAAUUUCACAUAUUUAUUAACUAACAAACUAGUAUCUACUAGAAAAAUCCUAAUCUCUUCCUAAAUGUCAUUACAACAUUCUCCAAGCCAACUUUUGAUAAGAAUGCUGCCAUCCAAUGACAAAUUGUAUUUUUAAACAAAAGAAAACAAAAAAAAUAUGAAAACAUACACGCUAUACUGGGCUGUGCGAAGUGAUCGGAGUUGACUUAACAAUUUUAAUCAAGUACAAAUCUGUUCUUAUUGGCCACGUAUAUUGAUAAUGAUAAUAUUAUAUAAGGAAAUAGAUGAUAUUUGUAGCAAAUGUAAUUGUAAGUAUGGUAAAAUGUAACGAUGUUCGUCUAUCAUAGUAAUAUUGAGAUAUAUCAGUUGACAUUCAUCAUUAGGUAUGUUCAGUUCCAAUUAUUAAUAUAUAUCACAUCCAAUUUACUACUUGAUAGUUCAGUUGUAAAGUAGAUAAAUAUUAUAGGUAUUGAAUACCUGAAAUCUUCGCGUUAUCUACAACUGCAUUUCUUUCGUCAGAAAUAUAUAUUAUUUGACGAUACCUUUGAUGCUGUGUAUUAUCAUUAAAAGCAGUAAAAAAAUUCACAAUUGUUAUAUUAAAUAUUUUAAGAAGAAAUAUAUAUAUAUAUAUAUGUGUGUGUGUGUGUAUAUAUAUAUAUAUAUCGAAAAUAAAUUGUUUGUAUGAGUGCAAUGAUUACGAUGGUUACCAUAUGUAAAAUUUGUAAACACACAACUGAAUUAUGCAAGUAGUCGAACAUUUAUUUGUCAAAGACGUAUGUGUAGUAAAUGUUGUAUAAAGUAGAUUAUUAUCUUAUAGUUUUAAUUACCGAUCGUAGAAAUGGCAUUCAAAACUGUACAUUGAUUCAUUCACAAUACAUUUUCAUGUGACAGAUACAUGGUCCUUGAAAAAAAAAAAAUGUAUUAAACUUUAUAUAGCUUAAUAACUUCGGGCCUAAUGUAAAACAUUAAUACUGUUUUCUUGCAAUACAUUUAACAUCAAACAUUUCAAUCGCAACAAAUACAUAAUCGUCAUAUCGUUUUAAUUAAUAGUAAAGGAAAAAAAAAAGAAAAAAAAAAAGAAAAAACAUAUGAGAA